AUGGGUGGCGCCCGGCCGUUGAUGUCGAGGCCGUGUACGGUGCAACUCCAGUUCUCCCCGGGGCUUCUUCAGGCUGCUAUGCGCUCCAUGCAAGGAAGGGCUGCCGGAGCUGACGACUGGCGGCCAUCCGAGAUGAGUCACCUCCCGUGCUCUUGGUGGGACCUGGCCUCGCAGCUCUGGUCUACCAUCCUCGAGGUCCGACGGGUCCCGUGCAUCUGGAAGCGAGCUAGAGUUGCUUUGCUGUGGAAAGCAAGACAGAAAACGAGGCCCAUAUCGCUGCUCCCGGCGAUGUGGAGAGCUGGCUGUCGUGUUCUUAAGGAUCAGCUGAGGCCUUGGAUAGAAAGCUGGCAGGAGUCUCAUGUUAUGGGCGGGCUACCAGCCACCUCGGUGGCCACCAGCCUCAUGCAAAUCCGUAGGGCCUUCGACGAGGGCUGCUCCUGCUUUGCCCAGCUCGACAUCUCGUCGUACUUCGACUCCAUCGGGCCCUUUGUGCUUCGACGGUGUAUGGAGCACUUGCACCUGCCACAGGAGAUCUCUGAUCUCCUUGGGCACUUUUACCAAGGGGCCCAGCGCAUCUUCUGCAUGAGUCAGGCGCUCUCGGGCAGGUGGCGGGAGAUUUCUAUGGGCAUUGCUCAAGGUUGCCCGCUCUCGCCGAUGCUGGCAUCAGCCAUUGGGCACAUUUGGUGUUCCUGGAUCAGGUCCUCCGGUCCCUCUGACGGACCCCGGUGCCUCAGCUACGUGGAUGAUCGCACGCUUUGGGUCCCCGCGGGCUCCCCAAGCACCUUGCUGCAGCCUGCUUUGCACAGCUCCCAGGAGUUUGACCGGGCUUUUGGGUUUGCGUUGUCUUUAGAUAAGAGUGCCAUCGUCACCCGGGACCCUGAUCCCCAUGCCGAUGCCCUUGCGGCCGAGUUUGGGUUUAAGAGGGCUACCACGCUUGAAAUCCUGGGGGUACUUGCUCCUUUCACUUCAGAGUGGAGUCUUCUUAAGUUUCAGGUUGACAAAGCCCUGGCGCGCUUGAGGCUGCUGCGCACUGUGACCUCCAGCCGCAGCGUCCACUGUCAUCUUGUGGCAUCCCUGGUCUCGCCGUGCUUUGCCUGGGCGGCAGGGUUUGCGCGCCCUGAGCCCUGCGACCUUUCCCGAGUUCGUGGUGCUGUCGUUGACCUCUUCGGCAAGUCCUUCACGGGGCAG